CCCGGCGGCGGCGGCGGCGGUGGCUGCGGCGGACGCCAGGAGUCGCGGGCCAACGCUGCGAGGGGCCGCGAAGGCCGGGUCCAGGCCGCUGGCGCAGGGGCCUCGCCGCUUCAGUGGCUGCGGUGCAGCUGGGUUUCCAGGAGCUCUCGCCGAGCGCUGGUCUCCAGGGCACCGCUCGGACUCCGAAGGAGAACCUGCAGUUCUGUGGAAACUUGGGGCCAAGCCUCGGGGCAGAAGAGACUGAGGCGGCGGCCGGGGGAGCCUCCAGGCGCGGAGGCGGAGCAGCGCGGCGAGGCGGCGGCCCUAGCCGCGAGCAAGAGGCGCCCGGCCUGGGGGCGGGGGGCGUGCGCUCCGGCGCGGGGGCGCGAGCCUCGGCCAACUUCGCCGGGUAACCCGAGACGAGACGCCUGUUGCUCCGCGCCGCGCAGCCAGGCACCGUUAGUCUCGGCGGGGCGGGCCCGUCGCCCUUCUCCGAGCCCCCGGCACAGGCCGACGAGGUUGGGCCCCAGCGGCGCGCGAGUGCCUGGUAGAGGCGGCGGCGGUGGCCUCGCCCUCGCGGCGCAGCACCCCGGCGGCAGCGCCCUCGGCUCCGCGCCGCCCACGGCCCGGCCCCUGCGCCGGCGCCAGGAGGACUCUCAUGCGCCCGGCGCGGCGGCGCCUCCCCGAACCCGAGCCUCUCCCGGGCGCCUCCUCUCGCUCCUCGGAUUGAGAGCGCCGCUGCAACCGCGGUCGGCGAUGCGGGGCCCCAGCGGCCUGUGCGCCCUGGUUCUGGCGCUGGUGGGCUCGCUGCCCGUGGGGACCGGGGCGCAGCCCUACCACGGCGAGAAGGGCAUCUCGGUACCGGACCACGGUUUCUGCCAGCCCAUCUCCAUCCCGCUGUGCACGGACAUCGCCUACAACCAGACCAUCUUGCCCAACCUGCUAGGCCACACGAACCAAGAGGACGCGGGCCUCGAGGUGCACCAAUUCUACCCUCUGGUGAAGGUGCAGUGCUCGCCGGAACUGCGCUUCUUCCUGUGUUCCAUGUACGCGCCCGUGUGCACCGUGCUGGACCAGGCCAUCCCUCCGUGCCGCUCCCUGUGCGAGCGGGCCCGCCAGGGCUGCGAGGCGCUCAUGAACAAGUUCGGCUUCCAGUGGCCCGAGCGGCUGCGCUGCGAGAACUUCCCGGUGCACGGCGCCGGAGAAAUAUGCGUGGGCCAGAACACUUCCGACGGCUCCGGGGGUGCGGGCGGCGGCCCCACCGCUUACCCAACCGCACCUUUCCUGCCGGAUCUGCCGUUCACCGCGCUGCCGCCGGGGGCCGCGGACGGCCGGGGCCGCUCGGCCUUCCCCUUUACGUGCCCGCGGCAGCUCAAGGUGCCCCCCUACCUAGGCUACCGCUUCCUGGGCGAGCGCGACUGUGGAGCCCCGUGUGAGCCGGGCCGAGCCAACGGCCUCAUGUACUUCAAGGAGGAGGAGCGGCGCUUCGCGCGCCUCUGGGUGGGCGUGUGGUCCGUGCUGUGCUGCGCCUCUACGCUCUUCACGGUGCUCACCUACCUCGUGGACAUGCGGCGCUUCAGCUACCCCGAGCGGCCCAUCAUCUUCCUAUCCGGCUGCUACUUCAUGGUGGCCGUGGCGCACGUGGCCGGCUUCCUGCUGGAGGACCGCGCCGUGUGUGUGGAGCGCUUCUCGGAAGACGGCUACCGCACGGUGGCGCAGGGCACCAAGAAGGAGGGCUGUACCAUCCUCUUCAUGGUGCUCUACUUUUUCGGCAUGGCCAGCUCCAUCUGGUGGGUCAUCCUGUCGCUCACCUGGUUCCUGGCCGCGGGCAUGAAGUGGGGCCACGAGGCCAUCGAGGCCAACUCGCAGUACUUCCACCUGGCCGCGUGGGCCGUGCCCGCGGUCAAGACCAUCACCAUCCUGGCCAUGGGCCAGGUGGACGGCGACCUGCUCAGCGGCGUGUGCUACGUGGGCCUGUCGAGCGUGGACGCGCUGCGCGGCUUCGUGUUGGCCCCGCUCUUCGUGUACCUGUUCAUCGGCACGUCCUUCCUGCUGGCCGGCUUUGUGUCCCUCUUCCGCAUCCGCACCAUCAUGAAGCACGACGGCACGAAGACCGAGAAGCUGGAGAAGCUCAUGGUGCGCAUCGGCGUGUUCAGCGUGCUGUACACGGUGCCGGCCACCAUCGUGCUGGCGUGCUACUUCUAUGAGCAGGCCUUCCGCGAGCACUGGGAGCGCACCUGGCUGCUGCAGACAUGCAAGAGCUACGCCGUGCCCUGCCCGCCCGGCCACUUCCCGCCCAUGAGCCCCGACUUCACCGUCUUCAUGAUCAAAUACCUCAUGACCAUGAUCGUGGGCAUCACCACCGGCUUCUGGAUCUGGUCCGGCAAGACCCUGCAGUCGUGGCGCCGCUUCUACCACAAGCUCAGCCACAGCAGCAAGGGGGAGACUGCGGUAUGAGCCCCGGCGCGCCCCCACGUUUCCACCCUCUUCCCUGGCAGGGCAGGCGCUGGAGGGAAGGAACGGCUGGCGGACGCAGCUUCCUAAUUCCAGGCCCUCCCGCACCGGGCAGCGGGUUGCGAGAAUUCCUUGGAAGAGAUUUGCGGUGGGGUAGUUCGGAGGGGAGGCCGGGUGCAAAGGCCGCGGGGACUUCCGGCGGAGGCCUGCAGGAGGAGGCUGCGAGGACGGUGAUGGAGGUGGCAACCGCGGUGGUGCUUGUCCUGGGCGGCGACGCCCACCAGCUGCAGGAGAGUGGCUGCCUGGCUCCCCGGAGGCCCGCGGGAGGCACGGCCCGCUGCAGUGCCGCUUUGCUGGGAAGCGGGAGGACCCCCGCGGCGGCCUUGUCAAGCUCUGGUCAAACCAUAAUCUCUUUUCACUGGGGCCAAACUGGAGCCCAGAUGGGUUAAUUUCCAGGGUCAGACAUUACAGUCUCUCCUCCCCUACCCCCUCCCGGCUGUUUUUCCUCCCCUACUCCUUUCAAGUCUUGUAAAAUAAGCAUUUGGAAGUCCUGGGAGGCCUGCCCGCUAGAAUCCUAAUGUGAAGAUGCAAAAGACGUGACACUAACAUUUCAAGAUAGGGCAAGGAGAUAAGUAGUAGGUAUUUUCCGGGGAAGGCAGGAGACAGAAAAAAGGGUGUUUUGCGUGGUUUAAUACCCUGAAAAGAAGCGAUGACUUGUUGCUUUUCAAAACAGGAAUGCGUUUUCCCCCUUGUCUUUGUUGUAAGAGACAAAAGAGGAAACAAAAGUGUCUCCCUGUGGAAAGGCAUAACUGUGAAGACUGCAACUUUUACAGGCAAAGCAGUGCAAAUCUGAAGUUACCCUUUGGUUUUUAAUUCGGUUGAAAUAAACAUUGCUUUUUAAGGGAAAGUGAAGGAUGGUGUGCUUCCAUAACUCAUUCAGCCCAAGGUUCUAACUGGGAUAAAGGAAAUGCAAAAGGUUUUGUUUUUAAAUACAUGUAAUUCAGAACAUGCUCUUCAACACACCCUGUUACAAUGCUUAGUGAAAUCUCAUGUUUUUCCCUUUCUGCAAGCCUGCGUUUAGAUUUUCCAAUUUGGAUCCUUCAGGAUAAAAGGAAAAGUGUAAUGCCUUGAGCAUUAGGGUAAGGUAAAGUUAAGUGGAAUCAUUUUGCAUACUUUUCUGGGUUUCAUAAAUCUGUUUAUAAAACAUUAUCCUGAUCCCGUCUACGGCUGAGUGGGGAGGUGGACAGCAGAGAUGAGUGUGAAUGAAGGGAAAAAGUUGGAACCAUGGGCUCUAUUUUUAACGAAAGUCAUUAAAAGAAGGUAAACUUCAAAGUGAUUCUGAAGUUCUUUGAAAUGUGCUGGAAGACUUAAAUGUAUUAAUCUUAAAUCAUGUACUUUUUUUUCUGUAACAGAACUCUAGUUCUUUUGCAUAAUGAUGUAAAGCUGAGCAGGGGAUCCUGGGCUCUACCUUUACUCCACCGUUGACGCUGCCCUCAGUCUUGCAACAGGAUCCUGUUUCUCCAUGUUUAAAUGCCAACCAGUGGGGUCUGUCGGGAGUACAAGUUAACUUCAUAUAUAUAGUGUUCAGUUGAGUUGAGCUGCUUUUACAUUAAAGUUAAAAUUGAUCUCUCAAAACUAUCUCACAUGUCAGAGUUCUUUUAAACUGCCACUACACAGGUUUUUACAUCUUUUGUGUUAUAUCUUAAAUGCAUGUGAAAUUUGUAAAAUAGAGACAAGUGCAGUAUGUAUAUUUUGUAAAUCUCCCAUUUUUGUAAGAAAAUAUAUAUUGUAUUUAUACAUUUUUACUUUGGGUUUUUGUUUUGCUUUGAAAAUCUACAGUGAAGCCCCCACUUUAUCACAUGUACAGAUCACAAAUAAAUUUUUUAAAAAAUACAAA